GCAGGCUGCAUUCUUGCUAGGGAAACCGGGUGGCGAACGGCCGGCGCCAUGGCUCGCAACAAGGUGAAGCUGCAGCGGAUCGCCAACGACGCCCAGCGCCGGGCGACGUUCAGGAAGCGGCUCAAGGGCUUGUCGAAGAAGGCAAGCGAGCUGGCCACGCUGUGCAGCGUGGACGCGUGCCUGGUGGUGUACGGCGAGGGCGAGGCGGAGGCGGCGGAGGUCUGGCCGUCGGCGCCGGAGGCGAGGGGCGUGCUGGAGCGCUUCAAGGCGAUGCCGCAGCUGGACAGGUACAAGAAGAUGACCGACCUGGAGGGCCUCCUCAGGCAGCGCGUCGAGAAGCUCCAGGAGCAGCUGCACAGGGCGAGGAUCGACGCCGACCAAAGCGAGACGAAGCUGCUCCUCGCCGAGGCCCUCCAGGCGCUGCGCGGCGGCGGCGGCGGCGGCUGCGGCCUUGAAAGGCUCACCAUCGAGCAGCUCACCAGCGUCGGCUGGAUGGCGGGCGCGCGCCUCAGGACCGUCAGCGAUCGCCUCGAGACGCUCCGUGGGCAAGCCGCCCUCGUGCCGUCGGUGCCGACGACGACGACGACGCAAGCGCCUGAUCAUCUGCUGGGCAUGGUGGUGUCGCCUCACGCCAUCACCGGCUACACAGCCAUGGCAGAGGACGUUGGUUUGGGUGGCACGGCUGCACCUAGCGGCGACAUGGACAUGGUGGUGCAAGCUUCCAGCAGUGGCACUGCAGGAUUCUCAUGGGCCAGCCAGGGCUUCUUCUCAUUCCCUUCCAUGUAAGGAGGGGCUCAUAUGUUGCCAUUUGCAUGUAUCCCCAGCCAGCAUGGCAAGGAUGGGAUUAAUUCUUCAGAAAUGAUGGACGUUUUGCUUGCAGAAGCAACCAUGGUUGGUCAGCUAUUAGUUUUGGAGAGGGUGUCCAUGAUCACUCUUCUUGUUUACAACACAAUAUCUCAUUCCUUUUUUUAGAUCCCAGCAUCCCGCUUUUUUUUCCUUUUUUUUAGAUCCCAAUAUCUAUUUCCCUUG